GUGGCCGUCUGCGCUCUAUAUAGAAAGAACGAGAACGCUCGUACUCUCUCCUUGUGUGUGCCCUUCUGUUCUAAGUGUUUUACGACGGUGUCAGUAAAGAUGGAAGUGGAGCAACCUCAAGCUACGGCUACGGCUCACCCUAACCAGGAGUAUAUAGAUGACCUGGACCGACUCCUGAAAGCUGCAGCUCACCCGAGGUCCGUGGCGCUGCUCCAGAAGGCGCUGGAGGAGGCCGAGAGAGAGGCAGUGGGGAACGGAGCUGCCAAAGACAGCAAAUCAGUCACCAAGCAGCGGACAGCUGGAGUACCUGUGACUCGAUCAACACACAAAAUCAGCCAGUAUGGCUGGGACCAGACUUCAAAAGUGAUCAAGAUAUACAUCACAAGCAUCAGUGAUCUCUCUCGGGCAAGUAACGACGACGUCAGAGGAAAGUUCAAGGACAAGUCGUUUGAAGUGGAGGUGAAAGCCCCAAAGGGUAAAGUGUACAGUUUAGUGAUCAGCGAUCUCUUUGAGCCCAUUGUACCGGCGGACAGCUCUGUCAAGCUAAAGAGUGGGACGGUCAUUGUGACUUUGAAAAAGAGUUCAACUAAGGACUGGUCUUGUCUGACGGCCAUUGAAAAGAAGCUGAAAGAUGCCAGAGAGCCAAAGACACCAAAGAUGGACAAGAGUGAGGACCCCAGGGCAGGUCUGAUGGGACUCAUGAAGCAGAUGUACCAGGACGGAGACGACGAUAUGAAGAGGACCAUCGCCAAAGCCUGGCACGAGUCGCAAGAGAAACGGGUGAAAGAUCCUGGUCUUCCAGAGAUCUGA